AUGGAGAUGUCAGCGGCUGCAGGUGGCCUGGGUACGGCUGGUCACCGUCAGCACUCCGGCACAGUGAGGAGGAGGCUGUGGGGAGGUCUGAGGCAGCAGUGGAAGCUUCUGGGCUUGUUUGAAAUAGAUCAGCAGCACGAGUUCUACAGCCUGACCUGCAUGAUGAAGGAGGGAUUGGCCGCAGCCACCCAAAACAACGUUAACAGUGCACCUACAAAUGAACUUGCAGAUGAUGAUUACAGAUUAGAGGUCACUCAGAUUCAUAAGGACUUUACAAUGGAGACAUUUGCAGGCCCAGUGUUUGCCAGCCUGCGUGGCUCUUUAGGAAUGACGGAGCAGGAGUAUCAGCAGUCCCUCUGCUCUGAAAACUGCUACCUCCAAUUCAUCAGCAACUCCAAGAGCAAGGCCGACUUCUUCCUGACAAAUGAUAAGCGCUUCUUCUUGAAGACCCAGAACAAAAGGGAAAUCAAAUUCCUUCUGGCCAACCUGAAUAUCUACAUCGAACAUCUGAGGAAGUUCCCCCAUUCGUUGCUGGUCAAGUUUCUAGGUGUUCACAGGAUCAAAAUCCCACACAGACGGAAGAAAUACUUUAUAGUUAUGCAAAGUGUGUUUUAUCCUGAUGAACGAAUCAAUGCCAGGUACGACAUUAAGGGCUGUGAGGUGAGUCGUUGGACAGAGCCAGCACCAGAGGGAAGCCAGAUAAUUGUGGUUCUCAAAGACCUCAACUUUGAAGGCCAGUACGUCAUUCUGGACCGACAGCGUCCCUGGCUUCUGCAGCAGGUGGAAAUCGACACGCACUUCCUCCGGAGGCUCAAUGUGUUGGACUACAGUCUCCUCCUGGCCCAUCAGCCCUUACAUCACGAUGAACGCCACCAGAGUCUCUCCUUUGCUACUCUCAUCAUGAGAACCAAAAAAUCUAUGAAUCCAGGCUCCAGCCCUAUCCAAGCAGGCAUAACUCCUGUCCCUGGGACAGUCUUAGAAGAUGACUCCACCUUAAAUUUGUCUGAAACAGAUUGCAGCUUUUUGGAGCAAUUACAAGCAAGAGUUGCAUCAAGUGUUGGAACUAUUCAAACGUGCCCAGAGCAUUCAGGGCCAGGCAGUGACGCAGCUGAGCUUCCAGACUUCAAGGCCCAAAACAGACGUUUACUGCCCAACCUAAAGAAUCCUCUGCACGUCGUUGAUGGGCCUGAGCAGCGCUACUUCAUCGGCAUCAUUGACAUUUUCACAGUUUACAGUUUUAAAAAGAGGUUGGAGCAUUUGUGGAAGAGGCUGAGACAUCCAGGCCGGUCCUUCUCCACCGUUAGUCCACAAACUUACUGCCUCAGACUAUGUCACUGGGUACAGGACCAUACCAAGUAGACCUUGUAUGAGUGGUAGAGACUUACUACCAACUCUCACUGAGCAUGUCCAAUUAACCAAAGUCCAAUCAACCAAAGUCCAAGUCCAAUCCAAGUCCAAUCAACCAAAGUCCAAUCAACCAAAGUCCAAUCAACCAAAGUCGCAAAAUGCUCAAACACACAUCUAUAGUAUUUUUUUCAGCCUGGACUCCUAAAAACUACGUUUUCAUACAAACAAAAUUAAAUGUAAUUUACAUUUUGUGGGAAACAACGGAUGGGUCCAAAAACACGGGACUUUCACCCAGGAGGCCGCUGCCCAUGUCCCAUGCAAAAUGAAAAGUUAGCAUUUAACGUCACACAUGUAAUGUAAUACUUAUUUUAGCCAAACCAUGAUCUUUUACUUAAACUAACCAUGUAAUGUUGUCUAUUUUUUUCAAAGCUUUAACCAAGUGUUAUAAACUGCGACCGUAAUGAGGGAGAAAAUAUCUUUCCCUCGAAACGGAAUUUUUAACGAGUUUAGUUGUAUGGGAACAUUAUUUUUAAAAGGCCAUUGCUUAUUUGUAUCUCAUGUCGACAUUUUGAGAACUGAAAAAUAUUUUCUCCAGGCACCUAAAUUUUAUUUUGUAGAGGAAUUAUGAUCACACAAUACAUUGAGACAGUGCAAAUAAAAAACGAUUCUGUUCUCACAAAAUGUAUUGGUAUGUUUUCCAUGGUGGAACAGACAUAUACUAAAUACCCUUUUUGAAACAGCUAAAUAAA